CUGUUUUGUUGAAACGUCAAGUUGUAAUGGUUUUAUCCGAUGUAGGUUAUGAUGGCAAUUCGGUAUGUCUUUAUCCAUGUAUUCGAAUAGAGUAUUGUCGCCAUGUACAGAAGUAAAGACAGAAACAAAGUUCUUGACAGCUUUCAUAAUGGUGUAGCAAAAAAUAGUUCAAUUAAGGCUAUUAAAAAAGCUAUGCUAUGGGAUUGUGAUCAAAUGAAAGCAUAAAUGAUUUGAUUAACAGAUUGCAGUAUGUCAAAGCUCUCUGAGCAAAGGCCAGCAUGGACCUUAUGCGAUUAUUGUGACAAAAGGAAAUUUUCUACUAUUCAGGGUUUUAUGAAGCAUUUAUUAGAGAAACAUUGCUCAAGAAAUGGUGAUUUAUUAGUUUGUCGGUAUGGUGAAAAUGAUGUGUGUUUAUUUAUGUCUGAUGAAAGUCUCAAUAGCGCCGAAUAUGAAAGACAUGUUCUUAAGUAUCACACUAUGACCAUUCCUCAUAGUUCUUCAAGAAAAAGUUCAGUUAACAGUAAUAGCAGUGACAGAUAUAGCCAUGAACCAGAAUGGGUGCAAUACACCCCUGCCCAAAAUUUACCUGCCGUUUUAAAUGAUCCUAAUAAAGGGAAACAGAAAGACUUAUUUACAAAAACAUGGGGUGAUUCUUUUGUUGAAGUGACUGAUAUUCCUGAUCCUCAUUAUCUUCCUCAUAUUUCAAUUCAACAUUUUGAACAUUAUUUGAAAAAAAUAGGAAAGAAACAUAAACAACACUUGAAGCUUAAUUUAGUUCACCCAAAGCCACAUUCACAUGCAGAUUUGCUUCAGACAUUUCCAAAUUUAAGAAUAGUCAAGAAUGUAGACAAAAGUCACUUUGACAUUAGUAUCAUUCCAAAAAUAUUCCUGCAACAGAAUUUUGAUUUAAGCUCCUCUGAGACGUUUAAUGCUGUUUUUAGUCAAGCAAUACCAACCAGCAAUAUAUCGCAAAAUCUGUUCGAACAAAAAGCUAGUAAUUCUGCUAAACUUCUACAAGAAAAGUUCUCACAUUAUUUAGACAUGGUAGAGGUUCAAAUAGCUCACCAAGUUGCUCAAAAAAGUGAUGCGUUUUUUCAUGCUAUGACAUCCCAUGAUGUACUGAUGGAGCAACUGGGACAAACGAUUUCAUUGGUCAAAACAUUUAGGGAAAAAAUUAAGAGAAUAGAUAAUGAUUUAGUAUACCGUUCUUUAAAGAUUCUACGUAAUGAAAGACUGCGAACUAAUUAUCAUCAGGUUUUGAGAAAGUUAAAAGUUAUGUCAACUGUAAUGCAGACUCAGCCAACAAUCCAAUUACUAUUGUCUAGUCCCGACUAUGUUGGAGCACUCGAUUUGAUUCAUACAACUGAAGAUCUUUUGAAACAAGAGUUGGCAGGAAUACAUAGUUUUAGACAUCUCAGCUCUGAAUUAGCUGAAAUGCUUGGUGUCAUAGACACGCUUAUGAAAGAAGAAUUCGAAAAAUAUGCUACAGCUGAUCUUAACCGACCACUGGUUGAUUCUGAGCCUCCUUUGCUUGAAGCUGAAAAAUUAAUAUGUAUAGUUAUGGGGAUGCUUCGACGAGGGAAUUCUACAUUUGUUGACAUUUAUGAGACUGAAUGUGUGGCUGCUGUGAAGGCCGCUAUUAAGCAAGCCGUAAUAGAAGUUAUAGCAGGAACUGAUAGACCAUCAUCAGAAUCUAGUAUUGAAGGGCAGCUUCGGUUGCUCACUGUCGAUGAAUGGGCUACCCUUUUAGCAAAUGCUACCAGUGUUCUUCUGAAACUCUUACAGAGAAUAAAGAAAGGUUAUAAUAUCAUGGUGAGGGCUGUUCAUAUCAGUGCAGGGAACCAUUCUGCUCAAAAAGAUGAUGAUGUAAUUCUGAAUUACAGUUCAGAUUCCGGAGAUUGGCAGCUGUCACAUGAAGAAGAAGAAAAGAUUUUGCAAAAAUUGAAACAGUUUUUAAUGUUUGUUAGUCGAUAUUCUCAAGAGAGAUGUGCUCAGUUACUUUCUAGUCGUUCGCUAGUGUGGCCUGAUGAAAAGAUGAAAGAAGAUUCAAGACACUUGAAUGGUACAUAUUGGCUUGCUGAACGUGCCACUCUGACACAAUUGAAAAAAAUGUCUUUCCAUGUAAAAAAUAUAACUGAAAGUUGGGACAAAAUCUGUCCAGAUGCAGUUUUAACAUCUCUCAAAUCAGCAUUUAAUGUACAAGCUAUAAAAUUUAUGAAUAAGUUUCAUAGUGAGAAGAUGAAAAAACUUUUUCUAUUACUUGACUCUGAACCAUGGAGGCAAACUGAUGUACCAGCAACUUUUCAGGAACUUGUUAACCACAUAGCUGACAAUGGUACCUUUGCAAUUGAUGUUUCAUCACAUAUAGCUAACAAUGACAAAAAUAAAACUCAAAGCUUCUUAAUGAUUGGCGAUGAAAAGUUUGCAGUUGUAGGGACUGUUCUUUUACUUGUGAACAUUAUAUCAGAAUAUUGUAUGCAUGCAGAGGAAAUUCCUAGCUGUGGUGAACAUUUAUAUCGAUAUUUAAGUGAAUUAUUAACUCAGUUCAAUUCCCGCUGCUAUAGCCUUGUGCUUGGAGGUGACGCAGUGUCGGAAAAAACUGGCUUAAAAACUAUAACAAUUAAUAACCUAGCUCUUCAAUUGAGAUCUUUGCAGCUUAUUUUGUGGCUUAUUCCACACGUUCGUGUUCAUUUUCAAGGAAUUAUUGGAGAAUCUUCUAAAGAUUACUUGGAUAAGGUAUCUCAAAAAUUUAAGGAUCACGCCAGUGACGUGAACGCUAAGUUACUUGAAGUAAUGCAUAAGAAUAUAUCUGCAGAAUUGAGACAUUGGGAUGCCAAGCCACCAGUUCCUUCAAAGUCAUUUCAAAAUAUUUGCAAACAUUUGAAGAAAUGCCAUGAAGCUGUUUAUGGAGUAUUACCUCAUAAUCAAAUUCAAGAGCUUUAUAAAGGUGUUAAUACAAGUUUUAUCAAUACUUUUAGUGAAAAACUCCAAAAGAUGAAUAUUCUCAACAACGGGGGUCCAACCCACGGGUUGGUUACUCAAGAGUUGUUGUUUUAUUUAGAAGAUUUCAAACAAGUCAAAGCUCUUCCUCCUGAAAGUUUAGAGCUGUCUGUUAUAAAUGAAGAGAUAUGGAUGCACACCAUAGGAAGAUAGUUAAUAAUGACUAAUCACAACAAAUUUAUGAGGUUUUUCUUUAACAUUAAUAAUAUCUUAACAGUAUUAAUUAAAAGAAAUUAUUAUUGUAAAAUUAAAAUUAUGUUUAUGUCUGUUCUAGGAUGAAAUUUCUUGUGAUUGAAGUUUUAUAUGUUACCAUUUAUUAUAAAGAGAAUAUCGAAAUAGCAUUAAGACUGGCAUAUUAAUUUUUCUUACUUUAUAUUGAUGUUGGUAGUCAAUUCUCUGUUCACUAUGUGAAUUUGUAUAUAGUUUUAGAAAAAAUGAAUAAAUCUAUUUAAAUAUCAUUUUGUAAAUAAGAUUUAGCAACGAUAAAAAAUUUAAAAAAAAAAUUGAACACCAGAUAUUUAUAAAUUAUAAAUAUAUUUUUGAGGUAUUAUAUCAGUAAAAAAAAUAUGUAAAUAUUUUUAGAAAAUUUGUAAAAUUGUGUAAGAUAAUGUUAAUAUUAUAAUUUUUGAUAAGGCUAUAUGUGUACAUAAUCAUGUUGUUGCUUAGAAGUUUAAUAGUCUAUUAUUAUUUACGGGCUAGAAAAUAUGUUUUUGAAAUGAAUAUUUAUAGAA